AGAAGUUUCCUUCCUCUGCAUUUUGCCCAAAAAAAUCCUUUCUCACUACUUUUUCAAGGACUUGUAGACGCCUAAUCGUUGUAGCAAGCAACCCUUUUUGCCCCCCAAAACGCGAAAUCGCAGCUUAUAAGCUCUGAAUUUUGAGGUGAAAUGUUCGAAUCUCGUCUCUUGUGAACCGGGAUUUUAGACAAGACAUGCGAUAUCUCCGUUUAUAAAGUGGUGGUUUCUGUGUUUCUUAUAAAUUAGGACACAUGAUGGAUAAUAACAAUUGGAGGCCUUCUCUUCCAAAUGGAGAUCCUGCCAUGGACACAGGUGACUGGAGAGAUCAAUUGCCACAUGAUUCUCGCCAGAAGGUUGUCAACAAGAUAAUGGAGACACUAAAGAAGCACCUUCCACUUUCUGCAACAGAGGGAGAUCACGAGCUCAGGAGGAUUGCUGCUAGAUUCGAGGAGAAAAUUUUCAGUGGUGCUCUUAACCAGGUUGAUUACCUUAGGAAAAUAUCCAUGAAGAUGCUGACUAUGGAGACCAAAUCGCAAAAUGCAACCGGCUCUUCUUCAGCUACCCCUGCCGCUAAUAAUGUUUCAUCCAUGGAUUCAAUACCCAACAAUCAAGGGAACCUUCUUCCGGGAACUUUACCAAACAACCAAUCUCAAGCACCUCAGGCUUUGCUGUCCCAAACCAUGCAGAGUAACACUGGCUCUGGAGUAACUGGUUCUACUGCUUUACCAUCUUCCAUGCCGCCAACCAAUAAUAAUGUCACAAGCGUUGUAAACCAGAAUUCCAGUAUGCAAAAUGUAGCCGGAAUGUUGCAAGAUUCAUCUGGACAGCAUGGCCUUUCUUCAAACAUGUUUUCACCAUCCCAAAGGCAGAUGCUGAGCAGGCCGAAUGCUAUGUCUUCACAGCAGCAGCAGCAGCCGCCACAGAGUGCACAGUUUAUUUAUCAGCAGCAGCUACAGCAGCAACUUCUCAAGCAGAAUUUUCAGUCAGGGAAUGUUCAGCACAUACAACAACAGCAACAAAAUUCGCUGCAGCCCAAUCAAAUGCAUUCGUCUCAACAGACUGGCAUUUCAACAUCUCCCUCAGCUAUGAGCUCAGCUCCUCUCCAGGGUCUCCACACAAAUCAGCAAUCAAGUCCACAACUGUCUGCUCAGCAGACUUCCACACAGUCUAUGCUUCGUCAGCAUCAAUCUUCACUGCUAAGGCAACAUCCGCAAUCACAACAAGCCUCUGGCAUCCACCAGCAGCAAACUUCAUUGCCGCAACAGUCAGUUUCUCCUCUACAACAGCAACAAGCACAGAUGAUGCGACAACAAGCUGCAAAUGGCUCAGGCAUCCAACAGAAGCAGGUGAUGGGGCAGAAUGUCGUUGGCGAUAUGCAACAGCAACACCAGCAAAGGUUACUGAACCAACAAAAUAACAUUUUGAAUAUGCAGCAGAAGCAGCAAAUACCACCCCAGCAGCAACUGAUGUCUCAACAAAACAGCCUUCAGUCUACGCAUCAGCAACCACUGGGCAAUGUUGCAGGAAUGCAGCAACCACAACAACAGUUGCUCAGUUCCCAGGUUGGUAAUUCGAGCUUGCAGACUAACCAGCAGUCGGUGCAGCACAUGUUAUCACAGCCAACGGUUGGGCUACAACGAGCUCAUCAGGCUGGCCAUGGCGUGUUUUCUUCUCAGGGUCAACAGUCACAUAAUCAGAUGAUACCCCUUCAGUCGCAUCAUCAGCAGCUAGGUUUGCAACAGCAACAAUCUAAUUUGCUACAACAGGAUGUGCAACAAAGACUACAAUCUUCUGGCCAAGUCACAGGCUCCCUGCUUCCACCUCAAAGUGUAGUGGAUCAACAGAGGCAACAACUAUAUCAAUCCCAAAGAACUCUUCCGGAGAUGCCAUCAUCUUCGUUAGACUCAACGGCACAGACGGAAAGUGCAAAUGGAGUCGAUUGGCAAGAGGAGGUUUACCAAAAGAUCCAAACUAUGAAACUGGCGUACUUACCGGAUCUUAGUGAAAUCAACCAGAGAGUUGGAGCCAAGUUACAGCAAGAUUCUCUUCCACAGCAACAAAGAUCAGAGCAGUUUGAGAAAUUAAGACAAUUCAAGACAAUGUUGGAGCGAAUGAUGCAAUUUCUCACGGUUCCAAAGAUCAAUAUCAUGCCUGCAUUAAAGGAUAAGGUGGCUAAUUAUGAGAAGCAGAUUAUAAAUUUCUUAAAUAAUCAUAGGCGGAGGCCAGUACAUCAAGGGCAGAUGCAGCCUAUGCACCAACAAUCAGCUCAGAACGGUCAGGAUCAGUCUCAUGAUAGUCAAGCAACUACGCAGAUGCAGUCAAUGAGCAUCCCAGGUUCUGGGCCAAGGGCACAACAGAGUAGUCUGGCAAAUAUGCAGAACAAUGUUCUAUCAUCUCGUCCUGGAGUUUCAGCUACACAGCAGAACAUUCCCAGUUCUAUACCGGCUUCUAGUUUAGAGUCAGGCCAAGUAAAUGCAAUGAAUAAUGGCCAGCAUGUUGCCAUGGGAUCCAUGCAACAAAAUACGUCUCAACAAGUUAAUAACAGUUCUGCCUCUGCUCAAAGUGGGUUAAGUACACUGCAGUCUAAUUUUAAUCAAGCCCAGUUAAGUUCCAGUUUGCUUCAGCAACAACACCUGAAGCAACAGCAAGACCAACAAUUCAAACAGCAAUAUCAGCAACGCCAGAUGCAGCAGCAGCUACUACAGAAGCAGCAGCAGCAACAGCUACAGUUGCAAGCAAGACAGCAAGGAGCACAAAGUGAUAUGAAUGAUUUAUCAGCGAGGCAGGGGAUGAAUGUUAGUCGUGGGAUGUUCCAGCAACAUCCUCUGCAGGGCCAGCGUGCUACUUAUCCCCUUCAACAGUUAAAACAAGGCUCCCAGCUUCCUGUUACGUCGCCUCAGCUUCUCCCAGGUGCAUCUCCUCAGAUGACACAACAACAUUCGUCUCCUCAGGUCGACCAGAAAUUUGUGAUGUCAUCUGUUAACAAGAUGGGAACUCCAUUGCAACCUGCAAACUCUCCUUUUGUUGUCCCAUCUCCUUCAACUCCCCUGGCACUGUCUCCUAUGCAAGUUGACUCUGAGAAACCAUCUGGAGUUUCUUCGUUGUCAAUGGGUAAUACUGCACGCCAACAAGCUACUGGUAUGCAAAGUGUAGUUCAAUCCAUUGCAAUUGGCACUCCAGGGAUCUCUGCAUCUCCUCUCCUUCAGGAGUUUACUAGUCUUGAUGGAAAUAAUUUAAAUCCUAGUGCCGCUGAGCUGCCUAUUGAACGCCUUAUUAGAGUCGUUAAGUCCAUCUCACCACAAUCACUUUCUUCUGGAGUAAGUGACAUGAGAUCUGUUGUAACCAUGGUUGACAGUAUAGCUGGUGCAGCUCCAGGAAACUGUUCAAGAGCUUCAGUGGGCGAGGAUUUGGUUGCAAUGACUAAGUAUCGUCUCCAAGCAAGAAACUUCAUGACGCAAGAGGGAGUGACGGCGAGCAAGAAAAUGAAACGUCACACAACUGCAAUGCCAUUAAGCGUUUCUUCAUUAGGAGGAAGCGUUGGUGAUAAUUACAAGCAGUUUGCAUGUUCAGAAACAUCAGAUUUGGAAUCUACUGCGACUUCUGUUGGCAAGAAGGCAAGAACAGAGUCGGAGCACGCCCUUUUGGAGGAAAUCAAGGAAAUAAACCAGCGGCUGAUAGAUAUAGUUGUUGAGAUUAGUGAUGAUGAAGAUGCUGAUGAUACUAGUGAGGAAGGAACAGCAAGCAAAGGGUGUGAAGGAACAACAGUAAGACUCUCUUUUAAAGCGGUUUCUCUCAGCCCAGACUUGAAGGCUCAUCUCUCAUCUACCCAAAUAUGUCCUAUUCAACCAUUGCGUCUGCUGGUACCUUGUAGCUACCCCAACGGCUCUCCAUCUCUCCUGGACAAAAUCGAAACCAGCAAAGAGAACGAGGACCUGUCGUCCAAGGCUAUGGCAAGGUUCAACGUAUUGCUAAGAAGUUUGUCACAGCCGAUGUCGCUCAAAGACAUAGCCAAGACAUGGGACGCAUGCGCUCGGACUGUGAUCUGUGAGUACGCACAGCAAUUUGGAGGUGGAACUUUCAGCUCAAAAUACGGUACUUGGGAGAAAUUUGUUGCAGCUUCUUGAAUCUGAUAUGCAUCAUGUCCUUAAUUGUAUUCUGUGAUUUAUCACUGUUUAUCAAAACUCUUUUAUAUCAUUAUGAUUCUUACUUAUUACUGUUUUCAUGUCAAAAAUUUGUAAAAGGCCCCAACCAACACACAAGGGCUUUUUUUAACCCACUUUUUGUUGUAUAGCAUAAGUUAGUUUUACUUUUACCUCAAUGUGACUGGAAGCUUUUAUCUAGUAGCCACAAUGCUUGUAGAUCGCGCUUAUUGUGGCUACUAAUAGCAAUGCAUGGCUUGGGACAGCAGUUUUAC